UUGCACUUCGAUAAGAGACCUGGCAGUGGUUCGCAAUCGGCAACCAUGUCUCGCAUAGUCAUUCUGGUACAUUUGGUGACUGUUCUGUUGCUGCAGCUGCUCAACGGGGUCGAUACAGUGGCCGCACGACGAAAACACAAGUUUAAGGUGGCUGCAUCAGGACGCAUCGUUGGAGGCUUCGAGAUAGACAUCAAGCGAGUUCCCUACGUCGUGUCGAUACAGGAUAGCUUUGCCUUUCAUGUCUGUGGAGGAUCAAUCCUGAAGACUGUAAGCUACACCAAUUUGGUCCUGACGGCAGGACAUUGCUUCGAAGUCAGCAUUGAAGAAAUCGUAGACACCUGGACCGUCCGGGCAGGUUCAUCCUAUACCCGUGAGGGUGGUCUUGUAUUCAAGGUGAAGGAAGUUCACGUCCAUCCCAACUACGACAGCAGCACGACAGACUACGACGUGGCAGUGAUGCGCGUGGAGGGAGAAAUGAGAGGUCCGCAUAUCAGGCCAAUCAGGAUCACUAGGUCUCAAAUGUCUUACAGAGAAGGUGUAGUCGGACUGGUUAGCGGUUUCGGAAAGACUAAGGAACAUAAUACAUUGAUAUCCGACCACCUGCGAGCCGUCCAGGUGCCUAUUGUCGAAUGGCAUGUCUGUGAAAAAGCUUACUACCCCGAAUUCUUUUCCUACCGCAUGUUCUGUGCAGGUGAUCUAGAACACGGGGGUAAGGACUCGUGCAGCGGCGAUUCUGGAGGUCCCUUCGUAGUGAACAACGAACUGAUCGGCGUUGUUUCCUGGGGCAGAGGGUGCGGCAGAGUAGGUCUGCCCGGGAUCUACACCAGAGUGCUGCUCUUCAGGGAUUGGAUCGAGAGCUUUUUCGAGUUUCCACCGAUUCCUUGAAUUUAGAUAAACUAUUUUAGUUACAAACAACUUCGUUAAUCAACACUUAAAUAAAAUCGCGUCACAAAAGUUUGUGCGGUGCGGUUUGGCGGUCACAUUCA